UACCUGAAAGAAGCGUAACCUGAGCUGAAAGAGGGCGGUGGUAGACACAUUUUCACACAGCAAUUUUCUCUCCCGAGUCAGAGUAGCAGAUAUCUGCUUAGGUCUUGCAUGGCAAAAAAACAACAACAUUUUUUCAUGACUUUGCUAUAAAAGAGGACCAGUUUCAACUGAGCACUUGCAUGGAUUUGUGUGUAAAAUCUAACAAGUUAUGAUGCCAAGUUUAAGAUCAAAGAAGAAAGACAAUCUAUCCAGAAUGGAUACACCCACUGAAGACUUGCCACAGUUGAGCAAUGAGAUGCAGCUAAGCAUCAUGAACAAGGUGAAGAGUGGAGAGUUGUCCAUUGAGGAUGCUCUGAACCAGGCCAGGAUGGACAGGAAGCAGCUGCUCAAACAGAAGAGUGUGGAAGAAAAGGAACAGCAGCCCUCUCAGUUCAACUUCAGUGUUCGCAAGCACAGCCAUUACAGGUGGCAGAAGCGGGUUCUUCAGAUUGAUUUCAAGACCAAAAAACUGUGCAGCAUAGAAAAAGGCAUCAUCAAGCGACAACUUGCCUUUUCCAGUGUCAAGAGUUGUGAUGAUGGAGUGGGUUCCAGGUUCUCCAUUUCCUUUUCAGGACAUCAUGUUUAUGAAUUGGAGGCCACUUCACUGGAAGACAAAAACAAGAUAAUUCAACUUGUAAAUCAGAUCAUUUAUGGGAACAUAUACAGUGAUCCUGAAGAGGGAAAUGCAGAAACAGGUCAACUGCCUCAAGCAUCACAGAGCCUUCGCAAAGGUGUCUUGUUGCUGCACCGUGGUGGCCUGGCAUCAUUCAGAUGGGUGAAAUACGAGGUCCAGCUCCACGUAGGCCAGCUAAAUCUGUUCCCCAUUAAGCAACAAGGCCCCAUUGACAGUGAGGUGACAUCCUCUUUGCCCGUGUCCCUUGUUAUUCACCUAUCAGACGGUGACACCAGUGUACAAAAAUCUCACGGCUCCGACACUUUCACUCUGAUCACCCACAAAAAUGAGCACCAGUUCCGGGUGCCUGUGUCAGAUCAAACAUCCGCCCCUGGGGAAGUCCAGAGGGAGCGAGAUGCCUGGGUCAAGGCCAUUCACAAACUGUGUUCAGACUGGAAGAGGAAGUCCAUGGCUGAAAACAUGUUUGUGCAAACAAAAGGUCUACAAAAUAUCAGCAUAGAAAAUGCAGAGGACAGAGACACAGAAUCAAGUGGUGAAAUUGGUGGUGGAAAUAUGACUCAUCAUCAUUAUCCUCCAGCUGAUUAUAAAAAUGCAGUUCCCUCUUCCAGAGGUGGAGAUAAUUUAUCAGCUGGUGACCCCAGUCAAAGUUAUCCUUCAGCUGAUUAUACAAAACCUGUUCCUAAACCUCGCAGCACUAAGAAGACUGCUGUUCAAGUUACCGGGCCAGAUAUUUUGCCUCCCGUCUCAUCACCAACCUCUCCCACUGUUGCCUUGUCUUUAACCACCUCCCCUCAACCAAACCCCUCCCAUACUGCCCUCACAGUGCCAGAGCCUCCUACAGAUGAAUCAGCCUUGUCAGUUGUGAAAGUGCCUUCACCACCGAGCAUCCCUGCCCCCCCACCGAUGCCCUUCAAAUUGAAUAUGAAUUCCAAAAAACCGCGCACCAAAGCUUUCCACUGGGAUCUAGUUGGCUCAGAAAAGAUUGCAAAAUCAUUUUGGAUGCAAGAAAGCACCCGGAGGAUUGAAAUUGACACAUCACGCUUAUAUGACCAAUUUGCUGUUAAAGAGCUGGGAACGUUUUGUGUGGCUGACCCGAGUACUACUCAGCAUAUUAUGCUCAACCAGAAGAUUGCACACAACUUCAGUAUUUUCCUAAAAAGUUUUCCAGUGCAACCGGGAGAGCUGAAGGACAAACUGUUCAUCAUUAAUGAGGAAGAUGGAGGCCUGUCUGAUGAGCACAUCACCUCUCUGAGGAGGUACGUCCCCACCAUGGAUGAUGUGGAAAUGUACAAAUCCCACAAGGGACCUGUGACAGAACUGCAUGUUGUGGACCAGUACAUGAUGGAGAUGUGCAACAUCCCUUGCCUGAGCACACAACUCGACCUGCUGCUGACUCUGAGAGAGCUCCCGAUCAGCAUGAAUGACCUGCAGCCUCUGAUUAACCAGAAGAUCAGAAUGUGCAUGCAGCUGAACAACUGCAGGUCAUUUGUUUCCGUGCUGGAGUACCUCCUCGCCAUUGGCAAUUACCUCAACGAGAACACCAAAAACGAAAAGGCCAAGGGAUUCCGCCUCUCCUCCUUAACUAAACUCUCCCAGCUCCGUGGGAGAGACAGGAAGUUCACCUUGCUCCAUGCCCUUGUGGAGCAGAUCAUGUUGCAUGAACCGUGCUUCGCCACUUUUACCCAGGAGUUGGCAGAAUUUGAAACUGUCCCGGGAGCUUCCAUCAAAGGCCUGACUGCAGAAGUAGAUGUCCUGAAGAAUGAACUGCAGAAAGUCAUUCAGUAUAGAAAGACUUUCAAGAAGAGAAAUGCUGGAGUUCAUAACCUAAACUUCUCCAGAGACCUGAAGAUGGUAAUUGAGAAAUACAAAACGGAUCUCUCUGAACUGACGAAGGAAUGUGAGGAGAUGAAGAAACUUUACUCUGUCGUACUGGUUAAAUUUGGAGAACCGGCGGAUCAAGACUCUCAGGAGCUCUUUGGGGUGAUCUGUCAGUUUGUCCACGACUUCAAGAGGGCCUAUGCUGAAAUGAUAUGAGUUAUACUUUUUGAGGAGACUGCAGUGAUGCCUAUUAAACAAACAUCUGAUAAAGAUUAAGAUACCAAAAAUACAGGAUGUAACUUUCAAUGCAGUAUAUGAUAAUUAAAGAUAGAACAAAAUGUUUGUAUUUUUUUUCCUGUGUUUAUUUUAUAAUUUUCUUUCUUCAUUAAUGUUUUCAUUGUAUAGAUAUACAGUAUGAAGUGUAUAGUGAUGCUAAUGCUGGAUGACAGGAUGGCAUGAUCUAUGUUGCAUUAUUUCAUGUAAGAGGUUGGUUUGAUUUGGGUUGACUUCAUGUUUACUGACAUUUGUUUUCGUGACUAGAAUCAGAAAAUUGGUAAUGAAGGAUCUGAAACCCCUUGGUUUGAAUAAACUCUGGGAUGCUGAA